AUGUCACCUACUCUUCUGCAAUCAGAAUCAUCACGCUCGAAAGAUGCAGAAGCGCGACCAGCCAAGUUUAAUGCCGAUGAGCCUCCAGAAGCCAAUACAGGGCAGUUGCACUCGAGCACUCUGUUUGAUAAUCAGCUGAAGCUGAAUAAGGAAUAUAAUUGCAUCGUCAAAGACAAUGACAACAACGGCGGCGACAACUCGACCAAACACAGACAGAUUUCCUUUGCAGAAGACUCAAAGGCUUUACAUAUACCCUCGCCGCGCGAACUCGAUAGAGGUCAUGCUAUCACCGAGAUAGACGACCACGGCAAUUUCAAACCCACCGAUGAUGAAGAUCAUCAAACGGAUAUAGCUCGCCACCGAACUUUGGUCAGCGGCAUCCCGCUGGAGCGUGUGGCUUCGUCAAUGUUUGUGCUAGGGUCUUAUCCCUCUAGAUCUCAAGAGCGACAGUCGAGGAGAACCAUCCCCCUUGCUAAAGACCCGGAGCUGCCGCGCCUUUCCUCACAAGCCAGUCUCGGCAGAAACUCAACGUUCUACAACCUGACCUCAGAAGACAGAGAGGCGCUGGGAGGAAUAGAGUAUCGCAGUCUCAAGCUACUUCUGAAGAUAACAUUUGGCUAUUUUGUUGGCCUCCAUGUCUUUGGUGUCAUUUGCCUGGUGCCUUGGAUUCAACAUGCGGAUCCCAAAUACAGGGACUAUCUGAAGGAAUGCGGACAAGGAAACGUUUGGUGGGCCUUGUACACGUCCCAGACGAUGGUUGACAACCUAGGAGUCACACUCACUCCUGACUCGAUGAUCUCGUUUCGAGACGCGGCAUUUCCGAUGUUCAUCAUGAGUUUUCUCGCCUACGCAGGGCAUACUAUGUACCCCUGCUUUCUACGCCUCAUCAUCUGGAUCAUGUACAAAUGCGCCCCGGAACAUUCGUCCCUCAGGGAGCCGCUGAGCUUCUUGUUGAAUUAUCCACGCCGUUGUUACACGCUGCUCUUUCGUAGCCGACCUACAUGGGUGCUCUUUGGAAUCCUUUUUGUGUUGAACUUUGUGGACGUCUUGCUCAUUGUGCUGCUUGAUCUCCAUAAUCCAGCCGUCAACACUUUAUCCGGUGGGCAGCGCGUCCUCGCGGCCAUUUUUCAGGCUGCUUCGGCACGCCAUACCGGAACUUCGUCCUUCAACCUCGCAGAAGUGAACCCUGCAGUUCAAUUCAGCUUACUAGUCAUGAUGUAUAUUUCGAUUUUUCCGAUUGCCAUCAGCAUCCGUGCUUCAAAUACGUACGAAGAACGUGCUCUUGGGCUAUAUCCCUCUGAUCAGGAUGAGCUGGAUGAGAACAAUGGCAUGAAUUACGUGCUAACGCAUAUGCGCAAUCAACUCAGCUUUGAUCUUUGGUAUAUAUUUCUUGGUAUAUUCUGUAUCUGUGCCACCGAGGCGCGGAGGAUCAUGGACCCUUCGGAACCUGCCUUUAGCGUGUUUUCCAUAUUCUUUGAGAUUGUCUCUGCAUAUGGAAACGUUGGUCUCAGUCUGGGAUACCCCAAUGUGACAACCUCAUUCUGUGGACAGUUUAGCGUCUUUAGCAAAAUCGUCAUCUGUGCCAUGAUGAUACGAGGACGCCAUCGCGGGCUGCCAGUUCAACUUGAUCGUGCGAUACUGCUUCCUGGUGAACGCCUUGCGGGAGAUAACAGACUCGUUGCUGGGUCUUCUGCUGGACGUCGAUCUCAAACACUGAACAGUUUUAGACGAUACCAUACGAAAUAG